AUGUUAUACAAUCAAAGAUGUACACUAUCACUUUCAUCUAAAUUAAUGGGAAUCAUUGGAAUAAUUUUAUGCCUUAGUAUACAGAUCAGGGGAUUAGCUUUAUCUCCCAAUGGGAUAUUGAUAAAGGGCUUAAAGUUUACACGACCAUGUCCAGAAGAGAAUUACAGAUUUCACAAUGCAACAGGGAAUUUCAUGUGUGUUGUACCGACAGCAAAAAAAUGCUUCGAAUUAUGCCAAGAAUUGGGUUGUAAUGAAUGGUACUUUAUGAGUUUUGUACCGUCAGGUAGUGAAGAAAUUAAAAAGCAUCAUCGCUGUCGUUGUUUCCCGGAAUAUCAUAUGUGCUUUUAUAAUUCUGUACCAAGAAAAUAUCGUGAUUUUGAAUAGUGAAUAAAUUUCAAGCUGCACACACUCUACUUUCUUAUUCAGAACACUUCUACCGCUUGUUCAACUGACAGUAUAAGUCAAUAAAAAGUCUCUGAGGUCAUCAAAGAAGAAUUCAAGCACACAUUAUCAUUUUUUUUGAACUGUGAUUGGGAAUAU